AUGGACCUACAUGGACCCACCACAGACCCACCAUGGACCCACCAUGGACCCACCAUGGACAUACAUGGACCCACCAUGAACCCACCAUGGACAUACAUGGACCCACCACAGACCCACCAUGGACCUACAUGGACCCACCACAGACCCACCAUGGACCCACCAUGGACCUACAUGGACCCAGCACAGACCCACCAUGGACCCACCAUGGACCUACAUGGACCCACCAUGGACCUACAUGGACCUACAUGGACCCACCACAGACCCACCAUGGACCCACCAUGGACCUACAUGGACCCACCACAGACCCACCAUGAACCCACCAUGGACCCACCAUGGACCCACCAUGGACCUACAUGGACCCACCACGGACCCACCAUGAACCCACCAUGGACCCACCAUGGACCUACAUGGACCCACCACAGACCCACCAUGGACCCACCAUGGACCUACAUGGACCCACCACGGACCCACCAUGAACCCACCAUGGACCUACAUGGACCUACAUGGACCCACCACAGACCCACCAUGGACCCACCAUGGACCUACAUGGACCCACCACAGACCCACCAUGAACCCACCAUGGACCCACCAUGGACCCACCAUGGACCUACAUGGACCCACCACGGACCCACCAUGAACCCACCAUGGACCUACAUGGACCCACCACAGACCCAUCAUGGACCCACCAUGGACCUACAUGGACCCACCAUGGACCCACCAUAG